AUGCCUGCACCUGGUGACCAGUGGAAGGACAACAAGUUCACCAACCCGUACGAAGAGCAGAAGAACCACAUCAAUGAAUACACGGCGCAAGAGAUAGCCACGCUGCAGAGCCGUCUGGACAAGCAACUCGGCCCCGAGUACAUCUCGACACGUCCCGGAAAUGGAGGCGGCAAGGUCCACUACCUCGCUGCUGAGAAAGUCAUCAAUCUUGCCAACGAGGUCUUUGGCUUCAAUGGAUGGAGCAGUGCGAUCAGGGAUGUUCAGAUUGACUUUUGCGACGAGAGUCCGACAACAGGAAAGAUCAACUUGGGCCUCUCUACCAUCGUGCGUGUUUCCCUGAGAGAUGGCACAUUUCACGAGGAUGUCGGGUAUGGACACAUCGAGAACUGCAAGGGCAAAGCAGCUGCCUUCGAGAAAGCAAAGAAAGAAGCUGUAACCGAUGCCCUGAAGCGAGCGUUGCGCAACUUCGGAAACGUGCUGGGAAAUUGUUUGUACGACAAGGACUAUCUUCAAAGAGUCACCAAGGUCAGGGUUGCGCCGUCUAAAUGGGACGCCGACAACCUACACCGUCACCCGGAUCACGCUCCGAUCAAGAAAGAGGCACUCGCAGGCCCGUCGACCUCCACAGCCAUCACCGCACCACCACCGGCACGCAUGCCCAGCGCUCAAUCAAACACUUCGGAGUUCGAGGAUGAGUUUGGAGGAAAUCUGUUUGACGAGGUGGAUUUCAGCCAUCCUGAUGAGGUACAUUUAGACACUUCUAUGAUCGAUGUCUCUGUGGAGACGCCAGUUCGACCUCCUGCCAACUCCAUCUCAGCACAAGCCGCGAAUCGCCAACAACCGAACAGGGUAGCAUCUAUGCCCAGCGUCCGCCAGUUCUCUGCCGGACCACAGAACGGCCAGCAGAAUGGUCAACAAAACGGCCAUCAAGGACGGCCUCAAGGGCAUCCGCAGACUUUCAAAAACUCGAAUACCAUGAGUAACCAACAACCGAACCGCAUGAUGCCUCCACCUCACCAAGCCAACAACCAGAACGGCUACCGCUCAAAUCCUUCGUCUGCUACAGACUCAACAACAACCACCAACGGUAGACAGAGUACGCCACCAGAGUCAGUAGUCACGCCUUCCCAAGUACCGGCGCAUGUACCAUCGGGCUUUGUGUCAGGAGCUGCAGCUGCAGUCCUGGCUCAACCUCUCCCAGGAGGUGCCGUACCUCCAAUCAAGCUAUUUGAUCCACAUCAUGAGAGUCCUUCGAUCAGACGAACCCAGGGAGUUGAUGCCCGCAAGUCAGCACCGAUCAAGCGGUCUGAAGUUGGCGCUCCAACUUUGCCAAUACCAGAUCCUAAACUCCUGGCGAAUGGAGGAGCACCCGCAAACAGAUCGAAUUUCGUCAACCCUGCCAUGGAUGCCAGUCGACGUGUCGGCAUGCCAGGCGGAAUGCAGCAAAGCCCAUUGGCCAAUAGAAGUGCCUACAAGCCUCCUGCGAUGAAGCGACCACUGCCGGCAGAAAAUGCUGCUAGCAGGCCACCACUAGCCGACAUGAGCAAUGUUCAACAGACUGAUGGAGCUAGUGAGACCAAGAAGCCAAAGCUUGAUGUUGUGCAGGAUUUGCGACCAGCCAGCGGAGAGACUGCGACCACGGCUUGA